AUUGCGAACAACAAUUAUCCCAAGAAGAAAGCAAAUUAGUGCCAGUCUUUCAAAUUGACGGCUUUCAUUUACAAACCGCCGGCAAAGCCAUUAAUGAUAAAGGUUUAGAAAGCCAUGAAAAAUUAAUCGCUAUUUUAAAAGAACUAAAAAAAGAAGCCUUUGGUGAUGCUUAUUCUGAUAAACCUUACAUAGCUUUUGUGGAAGAAGCUGACCAAGGAGUAAAUGUUAUGACGGCCGGUGGGGGCGGAAAAAAAAAUAAUUUAUUAGAGGAUUGGAAAAAUUUCUUGUCUACUACCGAAGAUGCCGCCGGCUUAAAAAAUAAUGUUCAAGACCCUAAUUCCGUUAUAAUUAUCGCGACUAAUAAUUAUGAAAAUUUAGAUCCGGCCUUA